UGCAAUGGCCGCUCUCACUGUAUCGUGUAGGUUUUUUUUAUUUCCUCCAGCAUAGCAGAUAAAUAACCAUACCAUUAUUUAUUGUAGAGCCUCAGACAAAGAGGAAGAGAGACGGGGUUGUUCUUAACGCCGCCUGUCUUCAACGAGGUUCAGGUUGGAAAGUGGAUCAUUCUCCAAUGGACACCCCUGAGAGUCCCACCCAGUCUCCUGAAAGCCCCAACCAAUCACCCCAGUCCCCAGAGGAAGAGAGGGGAAUUUCUGACAGUGAGUUCCUGGCAUCCCCCGAGGAGGACAGGCUGCUCUCUGACAGUGAGCUGCUGAAUGAUGAAGACAACGGUGGUUUAGACGAAGAGGGUGGUGAGGGUGGGGACUCUGAGCUGGAUGAUGACGAAGAUGGGGGGGUAGUUCAGGAGCGUAUAUCUGACCCAGAGGAUGAUGAAGCUGAUGGGGAAGGUGGAAGGGAUAGGCAUACUAUUCUAGAACAGGAGCAGGAGGAGUCAGUGGGGAUGGUGAUGAUGGGACAGGAGCGACAGGAAAGCCAAUCAGAUGAGGAGGAGGACCGGAUCAGCCAAACUCCUAAGUCCCCUGAUUCUGAGCCAGAGCAGGAGAGGUCAUCCCCUUUAGCUGAGGAGAUGUCCAGCCAUGAGAAGGAAGAUGAGAGUGGGGAACCAUCUGUGAAGCUGCCAGUGGAGACAGCAGAAGUAGAUGAUGAAGAGGAGGAAGAGAGACUGAGGAGGAGGAGGGUGGUGGUGAAUCAGAUGAAGGAGGAGUUGUCGUCUGUGUCCAGAGAGCUUGAUGAGCAUGAGCUGGACUAUGACGAGGAGGUUCCUGAGGAGCCCAAUGUUCUAGCGCCUGAAGAAGAUGACGAGGUGGAGAAAGGACCCAGAGAAGUGGAUGAGAAAGAGGACAAGAGCGUCAAAAAGAAAGAGAAGAUACCAAUCCUUCCUCCAUCCCCGAAAGACGGUCCACCUAAGAAGCCUGAAGAGUCCAGGGCUCAGGACAGAGGAAGGAGAGAUUCCUUUCGUGACAAAAAGGACGAGGAUGAUGGAGAGAUUGAUGAGGGAGAAAUAGAUGAUGAUGACCUGGAGGAGGGAGAGGUGAAGGACCCCAUGGACAGGAAGGUCAGACCCAGGCCCGUCUGCAGGUUCUUCAUGAAAGGUAACUGCACAUGGAGUAUGAAUUGUAGGUUCAUCCAUCCAGGGGUCAACGACAAGGGCAACUACUCUCUCAUCUCCAAGCCAGACCCCUUCUCUCCCAACGGGGCACCACCUGGAGCACCCCACCCUCUCAUUCCUGGAAGCAACCCCUGGGGUGGACCUGCUGUUGAGGAGCUCCCUCCACCCCCUCCUCCAGUGGAGCCUCCUGUGGAGAGUGCCUGGGAGAGGGGUCUGAGACAUGCCAAAGAGGUGUUGAAAAAAGCUACCAUACGCAAAGAGCAGGAGCCAGACUUUGAGGAGAAGCGCUUUAACGUGACCAUUGGAGAGGAUGAGCGAGACUUUGACAAGGAGAAUGAUUUCUUUAGGGAACGCAGCUACCGCAUCACCAGAGAAAUCAGAGACCCGGGUGACUUGGAGUUCAGAGACCCAGUCUAUCCUAAUGACCCUUAUGCUGAUCCAUACUAUGACUAUGAGAUGGAGGCCUUCUGGAGAGGGGGACAGUAUGAGAACUUCAGAGUGCAGUACACAGAGACCCCUCUGCCCUACCACUACAGUGAGCGUGAACGUGAGCGGGACCCGCGAGAGCGCCAUCGUGACCGUGAGCGGGACCACCGCGAGCGAGAACGCCGGCAGAGAGAACGCGAGAGGGAAAGAGAGAGGGAGCGAGAGAAGGAGAGAAUGCGCAGAAAGGAGGAGUGGGAGAGGGAUCGCAUGAAGCGUGAUGAGAAGGAGAGGCCCGUCAGGGAGCGGCCUCCACGUGAACCUCGGGAGAAGAAGGAGGGGGAGGACAAGCAGCCUAAAGGUCCCCCCAGGUCCCCCAUCGAUACCAACAUGCCCCCCAAUCGGCCGAUGAUGGAGCCGCCUCUCAAAACAGAGCUGAUGCCCAUGUCCAAGCGGCCAGAUGAGUGGAAGGACCCCUGGCGCCGGUCUAAAUCCCCCAGGACACGUCCGGGCAUGUCCGGGUCACCACCGCGCGGCCGCCGGCGUCACCGGCCCUCUGGAUCCUCUGUCUCACUGUCCAACUCCUCUAGGUCUUCGUCCCGCUCUUCCUCCUACACAGGCUCCGGAUCAUCCCGGUCUCGCUCUCGCACCUCGUCCUUCAGCUCGUACUCCAGCCACUCCUCCCAGCACAGCUCCUUCAGCGGCAGCCGCUCCAGGUCCAGAUCGUUCUCCUCGUCUCCCUCUCCGACCCCUUCAACACAGAGAAACGCCAAGAAUAAAGCAGCGGCCCCAUUGGCCCUAGGGCCCAAAGGCAUCCCGUCGAAACCUGGUGCGCCUUCCCCUCCUGGUAGGGAGAAGGCUCCCCCCAAGAAGGCUCCAAGCCCACCACUGCCAGGCCAGCCUGGGAAACCCCCCAAACCCACCCUAGAGGGGGCUAAGCCUGGCAACUCCCGCGAGCCCCGUGAGGUGGGCCGACCCAUGCUGCCUCAGGAGGUGGGCCGACCCAUGCCGCCUCAGGAGGGGGGCCGACCCAUGCCCCCUCGGGAGGGGGGCCGACCCGUGCCGCCUCGGGAGGGUCAGGGGGGCCGACCCGUGCCGCCUCGGGAGGGUCAGGGGGGCCGACCCGUGCCGCCUCGGGAGGGUCAGGGGGGCCGACCCGUGCCACCUCGGGAGGGUCAGGGGGGCCGACCCAUGCCACCUCGGGAGGGGGGCCGACCCAUGCCGCCUCGGGAGGGCCAGGGGGGCCGACCCAUGCCACCUCGGGAUGGUCAGGGGGGCCGACCCAUGCCGCCUCGGGAUGGUCAGGGGGGCCGACCCAUGCCGCCUCGGGAGGGGGGCCGACCCAUGCCGCCUCGGGAGGGGGGCCGACCCAUGCCGCCUCGGGAGGGGGGCCGACCCAUGCCGCCUCGGGAGAGGGGCCGACCCAUGCCGCCUCGGGAAGGGGGCCGACCCAUGCCGCCUCGGGAUGGUGGCCGACCCAUGCCUCCUCGGGAGGGGGGCCGACCCGUGCCUCCUCGGGAGGGGGGCCGACCCGUGCCUCCUCGGGAGGGGGGCCGACCCGUGCCUCCUCGGGAGGGGGGCCGACCCAUGCCUCCUCGAGAUGGAGGCCGAGCCAUGCCGCCUCGGGAGGGGGGCCGAGCCAUGCCGCCUCGGGAGGGGGGCCGAGCCAUGCCGCCUCGGGAGGGGGGCCGACCCAUGCCUCCUCGGGAGGGGGGCCGACCCAUGUCACCUCGGGAGGGGGGCAAACCCCUCAACCUGCGGGAGGGCCGACGGAAGGAGCGGCAGCAGCACAAUCCACCCAGGAGGCAGACGGUCAGUGGCAGUGUGAGUGGCAGUAGUUACUCUGGCUCCAGCUCUCGCUCAAGAUCCCAUUCCUCCUCUGCAACCAUCUCACCUUCCGGGUCCAAGAAGUCCAGAAAAUCCAGGUCUCUGAGUGUGAGCAGUGUGUCUAGCGUGUCCUCGGCCUCCAGCAGCAGCUCUGUGAGGAGCGCUGACUCAGAUGACAUGUACGCCGACCUGGCCAGCCCUGUGUCGUCAGCCAGCUCCCGCUCCCCAACCCCAGGACACCCCCAUGCACGCAAGGAGAGGGGCCCCCCACGGGACAGGGGCCCCAACAAGGACAAAGGGAAGCCCACUAAGAAAGAUGAGCCCCAUCCCCCCAGGGAGGACCGGAGGAAGAUGGAUCCCUCAGGCCUCCCUCCCAGAAACACUCACGGUCCCAUGCCCAGGUCUGGGCCUGGCAGCAGGGGCCAUGGUCCUGGAGGGCACCCCAUGCACCCGCCGCAUGGACCUCCCAUGGGUCCCCCUGGAGGUUACGGCCAGCACAAAGACAUCAAACUCACGCUCCUCAACAAGCAGCAGGCAGAGCGGGGUAACAGGAAGCGAUACAUGCCUUCAGACAAGGACAGGCCGACCUCUCCCCUCAGCAAGAGGAUAGCAAUGUCUCCUGAGAGAGGUCGUGGUGACAGGAGGAUGCCUGGACGGCCCCCACUCUCUCCUAGAAUGGACCGGCCCAGAGGCCAGGGCCCUCGUCCCAUGCCCCCACCGGGAGAAAGAAAACGUCCUUUGUCCCCACCACCCAAGUCGUCCGGGAAAGGUCCAGGGGGGUUGUCAUCGGGCUCAGGUAAGCAGCCCCCAGGCGGCCCGGGCUCAGCCAAGCCUAGCAGCACACUGUCCCGCCGUGAGGAGCUGCUGAAACAGCUUAAAGCUGUGGAGGACGCCAUCGCCCGCAAGAGGGCCAAGAUCCCUGGGAAAUAACCCUCACCCUGCUCGCCCGCCUGUCUGCCCAAGUCACCCAGGCAACUACAAGCAUCAAGGGACAUAAAAUCACCAAUCCCAUUCAUGACGCCUAGCGUUCUCUGGAGAUUUUAAAAAGGUUUCUGUCCCAAAAUGUAAAGGCUAUUGUGUCAUUGUUCCUCAACAAAAUGGCCACCAAAACAUUUUUGCUUGUUUGCCCUCAGAGAGAGGUUGUCUUGAUGAUUUUACAGUACUGAAGAAAUUUAGUGGCAGGGUGUCAUUGUUGCUCUCUCUUGUCUGUUUAAUAAGAAAGGAGAAUAUUGACAUUGUCUCAAUGAUAAGGUGAAUUUAUAUACUUUUGAUCCACUCUCUCGGUCUGCCCCUUUUACUGUCUCAUAUCUCAUGUCUUAUUUUUAGCCAUUUUUUUGUUGUUAUUUUAGGGUUGGAGUUGGUCUUGCCCUGUUCGAUUCUAAAAAUCCUGGAAACCGCUUCUAGGCUCCCAUCUGGUUCUCUGUACAAACAUUUAGCUUCUGUAUUCAUUCAGACUGAGAAACAUUGAACACGCUCAAAGGACCUCUUGUUCAUGGUGGUCACAUCUUAACCAAUUACUUUUCCUCUUCUAGGUCUGUGCAUUGUGUUAUCUUACAGUGUGUAUUUUACAUACUGUUUUCAAUCAUAGUGAGCAUAUGACAAGCACCCUUUUUUUUCUCAAGUGUAUGAUUAUAGAGAACAAAUUGACAAAUUGCUUCUUUUUUUUCUCAAGCUCUUCUCAAGUGAUAAACUGUUUUAUUUGUCCCACAUUUUUAGUUGACACAGGAGUGUAUGUUUGUGCUUUUGUGACAAAAGGCUUCUAAAUAAACUAUUUUGAUAAAGCAAAA